AUGAACGCGUCCCCAGAGGAAGAGUGUUUUCUGAGAGGCUCCUCGCUGACUCUGGCCCCUCUUGUUCCUCCUGAGGCCGCCUCAGUGCACCGCCGCUCACAGCCCAUCCUCAUCACUGCCAGCAGAACCCGAGGUAGAGAAGCCUUUUCAUCGUCGGUGCCUUCGAUCCCCAACCCGUUCCCAGAGCUGUGCAGCCCAUCAAAGUCACCCGUCAUCAGCUCCCUGCCUCUUUCCACAGACGACAAACGCCUGGUAAAGGUGUACGGGGAGGACAGCCACAGCCGCUCGGUGAGGGUGAGUCCGGAGACCACGGCCAGAGACCUGUGCCACAUGCUGGUGCAGACGGCCCACUGCAGCGACCAGGAGAACUGGGCCCUGCUCGAGGUCCACCCUGCGCUGGGACUUGAGAGGUGUCUGGAGGACCAUGAGGUGGUGUGGGCGGUGCAGUCCACAUGGUCCCUGAAAGGCGACACGAGGCUGGUGUUUCGCAAGAACUACGCAAAAUAUGAGUUCUUCAGAAAACCCACGCUCUUCUUCCCAGAGCCCAUGAUCUCAGACAGUGCGGACGUGAGCAAAGGCCUGACGUCACCAGAGCUCAUUAAGAAUCUCUUAAAGUCUGGGACAUGUCCUGAAAUCCAAGGCUUCCUUCAGUCCAAAGAGCCCAGCCGGAAGUCCUGGAAGAAGGUGUACUACUUCCUGCGCCGCUCUGGCCUCUACUACUCCAACAAAAGUUCCUCCAAGGAGCCGAGGCACUUGCAGUAUGUGGCUGAUUUAGAAGAUUUGAACGUUUACACCGUAGUCAACAGCAGAAAACUGUACGGAGCUCCAACAGAUUUCACUUUCUGUAUCAAGCCCACGAAAAACCCGGUGCGUGUCCAGGACCUGAAAUUCCUGUGUGCGGAGAGUGAAGAAACGCGGACUUGUUGGACGUCAGCCUUCAGACUUUUCAAGCACGGCAAACAGCUGCAGUGUAACUAUCAGUUAUCCAAGUUGGCACCGGAAAGACGAGAAGCAGCCAACCACGUCCCAGACACAAAAUCCAAGUCUGAGGUGAGUCUAGUGGCCAUGGACUUUUCAGGGAAGGCUGGAGGACGGGUUAUCCAGAGCGCAUCAGAGGCCCAGAGCGCAGCAAGGGAAGAGGGCCAGGCCUGGAGGAGACGAGAAGCCCUGAGGUGCAGUUUGCCGAACCUGACCUCUGGCCCGAGACCUUCCUCAAUCCACAAAACGCAGCCCUGGUUCCACGGCGGCGUGUCCAGAACAGAAGCUCAGAGACUCAUCCAGAGACAAGGACUGGUCGAUGGGAUGUUCCUGAUACGUGACAGCCAGCAGCACGCCCAAUGCUUCGUCCUCUCGCUCUGCUACAAGCUCAAGACUAAACACUACCUGGUUAUUCCCUUUGAAGAAGGAGGCAGGAAGUACUACACUAUGGACGACGGUGUGACGCUUUUCAUCGACCUUCUGCAGCUCGUGGAGUUUCACCAAAUCAACAAAGGCACUCUCCCGGUGUGCCUCAAACACCCCUGCAUCUGUGUCCUCUGA